AUGAUAAUGAACAACAAAACUGUCAUCUCCAAGUUCCUCCUCCUAGGCCUGCCGAUUCCCCCAGAGUACAAACACCUGUUCUAUGCCCUGUUCCUGGCCAUGUACCUCACCACUGUCCUGGGUAACCUCAUCAUCAUCAUCCUCAUUCACCUGGACUCCCAUCUCCACACACCCAUGUACUUGUUUCUCAGCAACUUGUCCUUCUCUGACCUCUGCUUUUCCUCCGUCACAAUGCCCAAAUUGCUGCAGAACAUGCAGAGACAGGACACAUCCAUCUCCUUUUCCAGUUGUCUAACACAAAUGUACUUUUUAUUGGUUUUUGGAGACCUGGAGAGCAUCCUUCUUUUGGUCAUGGCCUUUGACCGGUAUGUGGCCAUCUGCUUCCCUUUGCAUUACACUAGCAUCAUGAGCCCCAAGCUCUGUGUGUGGCUGGUGCUGCUGUCCUGGGUGAUUACCAUGCUGUAUUCUAUGUUGCACACCAUACUCUUGGCUAGAUUGUCAUUCUGUGAAGAUAAUGUGAUCCACCACUUUUUCUGUGACAUAUCUGCUCUGCUCAAGUUAGCCUGCUCUGAUAUUCAUAUUAAUGAAUUAAUGAUAUUAAUCCUAGGAGGGCUCAUUAUAGUCAUCCCAUUCUUACUCAUUGUUGUGUCUUAUGUACAAAUAGUCUCCUCCAUUCUAAAGAUUUCUACUAAUAGGAUUAUACAAAAGAUUUUCUCCACUUGUGGAUCCCACCUGUCUGUAGUCUUACUGUUCUAUGGAACAAUUUUUGCUCUCUACUUAUGUCCAUCAGCUAAUAACUCUACUGUGAAGGAGACUGUCAUGGCCAUGAUGUGCACAGUGGUGACUCCCAUGCUGAACCCCUUCAUCUACAGCCUGAGGAACAGAGAUAUGAAAGAGGCCCUGAUAAGAGUCCUUUGCAAGAAGAAAAUAUCUUUGUGA